AUGGCAACACUCCUUUGUACCCGGACGACCUGCUUGAGGUCAUUGAGCACCGCACCACGCACUUUUUCCCUCCCCGCCAAAGCCACAGUCGCCUUCAGCACCGCCAGACCGUCGAAACACCCCUCGCGAACGAGCAACAACAAACGCCCUUCCAUUACCUCUCAUUUAUCGAAGACACAGACUACCAAACAUGGUCUACGACAGGCUUCUUCAACAUCCACAACCUCACACCAGGAGCCUCCUCCAGAUCUCUUGACGUGGGAUCGCUUCUUCGAUCUCAGGCGCAAGAGAAGGUUUCUCAAUGUCGGCUGCUCCGCCGUCACCGCAGUGGCAGCAGUAGGAGUCGUCACACCAAUCAUCGCCAACCAAGACUUCGAUUCCUGGGGUGCGCAGAUAUCUGGAAUGGACCCGAUCGUGGUGUUCGGUAUCAGCACCUUUGCUGUUGCAGCCGGCGGAUGGCUCUGUGGGCCGAGUUUUGGUACUGCUCUGUUCAGUCUUUGGGCGGGGAGAAGAGGGUGGAAUAAGUUGAUUGCUGAGAAAGAGAAAUCCUUCUACGCCCGCAUCAAGCGUUAUCGUGCCGACGCCUCUGCCUCGAGCCCGCAAAACCCCAUCCCGGAUUACUACGGCGAGAAGAUUGCCAGCGUCAAGGACUAUCGACGAUGGCUCAAGGAUCAAAAGGCGUUCAAUUUGAAGAAGAACAAGAAUAUGAUAUGA